AUGGAUAUCGACGAGGACGACGAUCUUUACGUGCCUGAGGAGCCCAAGGUCGAGACCACGGAGGAAAAGAAGCCCAAGUUCGACGACCUGGAAGAAGGCGAGGAGGAAGAUGAGGGUGCUGCCAUGGACGAGGAUGAUGAUGAUUCGGAUAUCGACAUCAUCACCGAGCGCAAAGAUGGGAGCAAACCAGCCCCUCCGCCUCAAUCCAAGUAUAGCGAUAUCCGAAACAUUCCACAACGAUCCGCUUCAACAGAUGUCACCGUAAAGCCGGCACCUGCUAAGAAGGAGGACGAGUCGAGGCAAUCGAGCACCCUCAACGUCGCUGCGCCCAGCGCCGACAAGACCUCAGCCGCGGCGUCCAAGUCCACCAUUGACAUUAAUGCAAACCCGAUCCACGCCGGCUCAGGCAAGCCCAUUACCCAGGUCAACAUUGACGAAGACCUCCCUGAAAACGACAAGCCGUGGCGCAAGCCCGGCACCGACAUUAGCGACUACUUCAACUACGGCUUCGACGAGUUCACAUGGGCCCUGUACGCCUCCAAGCAGGAGACCGUCCGUGGCGAGUUCGGUGCCGACGUUUUCGCAACCAACAACAAGAAGAUGAUGGAGGACUUCAACAGCAUGAUGAUGAUGGGCGGCAUGGGGAUGGGAGGAGGCGGUGGCCAAGGCGGCGCGCAAAGUGGCAUGGCCGGUAUGGAUGGUAUGGCCCCAGAGAUGCAGGCCAUGAUGCAGCAGAUGAUGGCCUCGGGUAUGGAUCCCAGCCAAAUGGACCCCAGCCAGAUGAACGCCAUGUUCGCAGGCAUGCAGAACGCCGGUGGCAGUGGUGGAGGAGGCCAGGGCGGUCACCAAGGUGGCAACUUUGGCGGCGGGUUUGGCGGGAACCAAGGCGGGUUUGGAGGAUAUGAUCAGAGCAUGUCUGGAGGAGGAGGAGGAGGUGGCGGUGGCCGCGGCGGGUUUGGCGGAGGCCGAGGACGACGGGGGAGAUGGUGA